UGCUUAUGACUACAGCAUCGGGCCGAUGGACAAAACACUGGUCAAGACUGACAUCCAGAUCGCCGUUCCACACGGAUACUACGGUAGAGUCGCACCACGAUCGGGUCUCGCUGUCAAGCACUUCAUUGAUGUUGGUGCCGGUGUGGUUGAUGAAGACUACAGAGGGAAUCUGGGAGUCGUGAUCUUCAACUUCAACAAGGAGCCGUUCGAAGUGAAGAAAGGAGACCGCAUCGCUCAGCUCAUCUGUGAGAAGAUCUGUUACCCGGACCUGCAGGAGUUACAGACGCUGGAUGAGACGGAGCGAGGAGCGGGCGGAUUCGGCUCCACCGGCACCAACUGAAGCUGUCAAUUUACUGUGCAAUCCUCAUAGAGUUUGUUUAGUGACUGAAUGACUUGAGGAGUAAAGUGAGCAGGUCUUUACGCUCUGAUAACUGAAGAUGUGUUUAACUGUUGCUGUUUGUGUUGCUGCAUUCAUUUGACAAUAAAGAUUUUUUUUAGCAAAAGUA